AUGGUCCACACCUGCGACGUGGCUGCCUCGGUGAUCAAGAGGGGCAGUAAACAGGCAGACUGUGAGAUCAUGCAGCUGCAGCGGGCCUGCAGGAGGUUGGGGCUGCCGCAGGUUAGUCAGGAGUGGCUGAAGCAGGCGUUGGUUGCUGGCGGCGGCCGCCUUCUCGGCCGCGGCGCAUACGGCGAAGUUCGUCUGGCAAAGGAUCCUGAGGGUCGCCUUAUGGUUGUUAAAACAUUUUAUGGAUCCGCGUCUGAAUUGUUGGCAGAAGCAGACGCGUUGUGGGCGGCUCGCAGCGUGCCUGGUGUUCAAAUCCUGGUCGGUGUGUGCCCAGAAUCACUGCAGAUCGUGAGCCUCUACGCGGGGCAGACCACUCUAUGUCGCGCCCUGAAGGAAGGUACUCUGAAAUCCAAAGAAAUCUUGUGGAUCCUCAAACAAGUUUUUACAUCUAUAGAAGGUCUGCACAGGGAAGGUCUCUGUCACAACGAUAUAAAAAGCGACAAUGUGUGUCUGGUACGUCAAGACGGAAGCGACCUGCAGGCCACUGUUAUCGACCUUGGCCUGGCCCGCCGCUCCGGCACGGUGCCCUAUGAUUUUAAGCUUCGCCGACCAGAUAGAUUAUAUUGGUUAUCACCGGAGCUGAAGAAGAGAGGGCGAUGCUGCAGCGCCACGGAUGUGUACAGCUUGGCGUCUCUGGUGCUGCUGGCAUCGGACAGCAUGGAUGCCCCUCCCAAGCAGCUACUGUGGUGGGCACAACGGGCACAAACCCGUGAACCUAGUGUUCGCCCGUCCUUGAGUGAAGGCAUCGCUUUGCUGAGGUCUCUUAUCAACCCCAAUCCGCAGAACAAACACAAGUGUUUCUUACUGAGAAGCAAGGCGGGUUCUUUCACUGAAGAUUGCCUACUCAGAGGAUUUCAACCAAGAUCUUUAAGCCUUGAAAGUCAGUCCCAAGCCACCCAGCAGAUCUCAUCUUGCCUGUCUGCUCUCACUCACCCCUCCAGUCUCCGCGCCAGGCCCCGACAACUCCCACAUUCAUUCUGA